AUGCUUACCGCUUUCUGGCUUAGCAUAGCCGUUGUAAGUGCAAUACCAAUAGGUAAGUUCCAAGCUGUAUUUAAUGGCGCCGAAGAAAAGGGACAUGAUGAAGGAAAUUUCAGAGACCUUAAAGUAGGAGAGCUAAACUUCCUACAUACAACGGACACUCACGGAUGGCUGGGUUCGCAUUUAACGCAAGCAAACUACGGUGCUGAUUGGGGUGAUUUCAUUUCAUUCACUACUAAGUUUAAAGAGAGGAGGAUAGGUUCUAAUGAUCUGCUGCUGAUUGAUACAGGUGACAAGCAUGAUGGCAAUGGUAUUAGCGACGCAACCGUGCCAAAUGGGAUAAGAUCAACUGAGAUUUUCAAUGAACAAGAUUAUGAUCUGCUUACGUUGGGUAAUCACGAAUUGUAUACUGAGGAUAAUACGAUUCUCGAAUACUACUCAACUGUAGUGAAUGAUAAAUUCAAAGGGAAAUAUGUUGCGAGCAAUGUAGAAUUUGUCACAAACGAAAGUGAAAUUGUGCCUUUUGGUUCUAAGUAUAGAUUCUUUCAAACUUCAAACCUGAGGUACAAUAUACUUGCAUUUUCAUUUCUCUUCAAUUUCCAAAGGGCGAACUCCCGCGCCAUAGUGACUCCUGCAGCAGAGGAACUUCAAAAAGAUUGGUUCCAGGAAGUCGUUAAUUCAUAUCCAGAGGAAAAAGUCGAUGUCAUUAUUGUUUUUGGUCAUAUGCCGAUUACGGAUCCCGAGGAACAUGAGAUCAACAAAGUUCAUGCAAUAUUAAGAACUUACUACCCAAACAGUGUCAUCCAGUACUUUGGAGGUCAUUCACAUAUUAGAGAUUUUGCAAUUUUCGAUGAACUUUCCACUGGCCUUCAAAGUGGUAGGUUCGCAGAGACAGUCGGUUUUCUGUCUAUCGAUAAUGUGCGUAGUGAAGCCCCAAGGUUUUCCCGGAGGUACAUUGAUUUCAACAAGGAUUCUUUCGCCCAUCAUUCAGGGGUGAAUUUUAAAAAGGAUCUGAGGACUGAGAGGGGAGCCAAUGUUUCAAGCAAAAUUGGAGAAAUUAGAGAGGAGCUCAAUCUUACAUCCGUUGUAGGCUACGUUCCUAGAUCAUACUAUAUGGAUUCGAAGCCAUUGACUUCAAAAAAGAAUAUUUACAACCUUCUCACGACCAAUGUUUUGCCGCUUCUAAAAUCAAAGAAGACAAAUUCAUCAAAAUCUAGGUUUAUACUUAUUAACACGGGAUCAAUCCGUUACGAUUUAUAUGAGGGUGAAUUUACCAAGGAUACAGAAUAUAUCGUGUCACCUUUUUCAAAUGACUGGAACUUUGUUGAAAUACCCUUGGCAUUAGCCGAAGAUGUCGCUGCUUAUUUGAAUAACGGAGCGAUACUUAUGACUUCCAUGGGACCACCAGAAUCCAGAAUGAAAGCCGAACUGCCCAAAAGGCGAGAUUCAUGUCCAUUCAUUCAUACGCCAGGUUUCACAAAAGGAUACACAACUUUGGAUGACUUCGGAUGUAAGGGAGAUGACAAAGUUCACAAUUCUGAAUUGUAUUUCCCUGUUCCAAACGUCGUCCAAUCCGUAGAAUUGCAGGCUGGAUGGAGCGAAAGCGUUCACUUCGUAUUUUACAGUUUUAUUCAGCCCUAUGUCAUUAAUGCUCUGAAUGCCUUGAAUGAGGAAAAGAAAGUUGUCACCUACAAAUUCUCUGAUGCUGAUUGCAUGAAGUAUGGUGGCAAGUCCACAGGAGAGCUACUGAAAGACUAUAUCCGUUCAUUGGAUAAAAGUUAA